GAUGGCGGCGAGGGGAAAAGGCUGAAGGUUGCUGCAGCUGUAGCGGCACCAGCUGUCUCCAGGAAAGGGAGGGAGAGACUUUGUUGCUAGGCGACCGCCUAAUAACCCCCGGCCCUCGAAGCCUUGGUGUGUUGGCGCGCAGGCGCCUCCUCCUGGCCCCCUUUUGCAGAGGGAAGGCAGGGGGAGCCACUGGUGGUCUAUGGGAGGGAGGCGGCCGCCGUGGCGCGCACUGUCACCAUGGAUCUCCGCGUGGCUGUCUACAAUGCGGCCCGAGAAGGGAAGCUGAAGCUGCUCCAGAAGCUACUGGGCAGCAGGAGCCGCGAGGAGCUGGAAGAGCUGACGGCAGGGCCUGGUGGGGGAGAAGGCUCAGGAGGCACCCCACUGUUGAUUGCCGCCCGCCACGGCCACCGAGAAGUCGUGGAGUACCUGCUGGAUCACUGUGGCGCCCGGGUGGAAGUGGGUGGCUCGGUCAACUUUGAUGGCGAGACUAUUGAGGGGGCGCCGCCCCUGUGGGCCGCUUCCGCCGCCGGGCACCUGCACGUGGUCCGUAGCCUGCUGGAGCGUGGGGCGUCCGUGAACCAGACGACGCUGACCAAUUCGACGCCGCUGCGGGCGGCCUGCUUCGACGGGCAUCUGGAGAUUGUGCGCUAUUUGGUGGGGGAGCGGGGGGCUGACCUGGAGGUGGCCAACCGCCACGGCCACACCUGCCUGAUGAUCUCUUGCUACAAGGGGCACUCGGAGAUCGCCCGCUACUUGCUGGAGCGAGGGGCGGACGUGAAUCGCCGCAGCGUCAAAGGGAACACCGCUCUGCAUGACUGUGCCGAAUCCGGGAGCCUGGAGAUCCUGAAGCUCUUGCUCGACUCGAAGGCCCGCAUGGAGAAGGAUGGCUAUGGGAUGACCCCGCUGUUGGCGGCCAGUGUGACGGGCCACACGAAUAUUGUGGAAUACCUCAUAGAAGGAGCACUUCAGGAGGAGGAGGAGCUGGUGGGGAAGAGGGGAAUGAACGAGUCUGGUUGCAGCGGGGCGGGGUGUGAAGAAGACCAGGAAGCCGCCUUGUCCUCUCCCCCCAGCAAUGGGCAACCCGAGGUUUACUGCACUCGGGAGGCUGCCGUGGAAGCACUUGAACUGCUGGGAGCCACCUUUGUGGACAAGAAGCGUGAUCUUCUCGGGGCUCUCAAGCACUGGCGCCGGGCUAUGGCCCUCCGCCACCAGAGCGGGUGUUACCUCGCCAAACCUGAGCCGCGGCAGUUGGUCCUGGCGUAUGACUAUUCCCGGGAAGUGAGCACUAUGGAGGAGCUUGAUUCCUUGGUGACCGACCCAGACGAAAUGCGGAUGCAAGCACUGUUGAUCCGGGAGCGUAUCCUCGGGCCGUCUCACCCAGAUACCUCUUACUACAUUCGCUACCGAGGGGCCGUCUACGCGGAUUCAGGGAACUUUGAGCGCUGCAUCAACCUGUGGAAGUAUGCCUUGGAAAUGCAGCAGGGCAACUUGGAGCCGCUGAGCCCCAUGACGGCGAGCAGUUUCCUCUCCUUUGCCGAGUUGUUCUCUUACGUCCUUCAGGACCGUUCCAAAGGUACCUUGGCGACCCAGCUAGGUUUUUCUGACCUCAUGGGGGUUCUGGGCAAGGGAGUCCGUGAGGUCGAGAGGGCCUUGCUGCACCGGAAAGAUCCCAUUGCGGACUCUGUGCAGUUCACGAAGGCGCUGGCGAUCAUCCUCCACUUAGUGUUCUUGCUGGAGAAAGUGGAAUGCUCUCCGGAGCAGGAACACCAGAAGCGCCAGACCAUCUACCGCUUGCUCAAGUGCAACCCACGGGGCAAAAACGGCUUCACCCCUCUGCACAUGGCGGUGGACAAGGAGACCACCAAUGUCGGCCGCUACCCCGUGGGGAAGUUCCCCUCCCUCCAUGUGGUGAACCUCCUGCUGGAGUGUGGGGCCGACCCGGACAGCCGCGACUACGACAACAACACGCCCUUGCACGUGGCUGCCCGGAACAACUGCCCACUCAUCAUGAGCGCCCUGAUGGAGGCGGGAGCCCACAUGGACGCUACCAACGCCUUCAAGCAGACGGCGUACGAGCUUCUGGAUGAGAAGCUCCUCACCAAGGCCAUGAUGCAGCCCUUCAACUACAUCACCUUACAGUGCCUUGCCGCCCGAGCCCUGGACAAGCACAAGAUCCCCUACAAGGGUUUCAUCCCAGAAGAGCUGGAGGCCUUCAUCGAACUCCACUAAGGGUGGAAAGGCUGUAUCUUAUUUGCUGCCACUGUGCCCCCCCCCCCUAGAUCUCAGUGGCCAGGUGGGAAGCAACGGGGAGGGGGGGGGAACGCAGUCUUCCUGGGUGCUGGGUUCUGAAAGCUUUUGUUUGCACUGGGCCAGGGAAGUGAAUGAUUCGAGCCUUUAGCCACCCACGUUGCGGGGGGGAGUCCCAAGUGAGGUGACAGAGGGGGCAAGUUCCUGGUUUCCGCUUCCCCUUUAUUGCCAACUGAAUAUUUAGGAGCCCGGAGUGGUUUGCCUUUGUCACCCGCUCUCUGAAAGUCAGCCUGCUUUACCAGCUUUGGAGUUGCCGUUGUCUGCAAGCCCUUCCUCUCCUGUUCCUGGAGCACACGAGGCCCGCUCACAGGGGACUGGAUCCCCCAGUCUUAAGUCGCUCGUCCUUUGGGGUUUGGCUCGUACACUGGAGAGCCGGCUGCCGAAUGCUCCGCAGAGAGUGCUUGCCAGAGUCGCUUGCUUGCACAGUUUACAAAGCUGCGUUUUUGGUCAGGGUUGGUUGUGUUCUGUUUUUUUUUUUUUUCCCCCUUCUGUUUUGUGGCCGAUGUAAGACUUCUGCCGGAGUUUUUUUCAAGACAGGCUUUCUUUCUUUGCAAUCAAGCACCAUCGCUAUCCCAGGCUGCUAAAGAUUCCCUGUGCUCUGGGGUUAGGGUUCCUCUCCCGGGAGGAAGAUGGGGAGAAUCUGGUUAUAUCCGCAGGCAAGAAUUGGCCUCUUUUGCCCACUGCAUGAAGUGCUGUGUUCGCAGGGUGCAAAGAGAAUGUGUUGGGGGGGGUCAUGGCUUGGGCGCAUCGUCGUCCUCAUUUUAGCCCAGAGUAGUCCCAGGUUUGGGAGCUUGCAGGGGAAUAUACCUGCCUUGGUGGAUUGUGCGCCUACUACAUUUUGGCUGUGGAUGCUUUCUCUUUUGCAUGGCUGUUGAGGGUGAUGCAGGGGAGGGGAGUGCUGCUUUAAGAUAUCAGGAAACAGAAGUGCCAAAGAAAAGUGUGUGUGUUGUGUACACACUCCAUACUUGACAGCUGUCUUCCCCCCUCCCCACCCCACAUUUUUGAAAUCCCGAGAUUGCAGUAAAACCGGAGUAUAUUACUGAGCCUCCACGGUUUGGGGAGGAUUGCCUUUGAGAGCCAACGUGGAGAAAUGCUCGGACUAGGAUUGGGGAGACCCAAGUUCCAAUCCCCACUCAGUUUAUCGGGUGACCUUG